AUGCAAUUGAAACUUUUGAUAUUGUACAAUGGCUUGUACAUUUCCUUCUUCUAUAUUGUGCCUUUAAAAAUCUUGGAUAUUUGGGAACUCGUAGUGGAAAAGAAGGUUUAUCUGAGCCGCUGUUGGCUCAAAAAUUUGAAACUAAACAAACAUUGGUCAUGUUACUUUUCUCAGCAAGUUGGUUUUCUCUUGGAUGAAUUCUUUUUCAGUUUAGGUUACUCAAAGCCACUAGAUCUUGAAGAAAUCCCUUCCCUUGUUUCUGAAGAUGAAGCAAAUAUGGCCUAUCAAAAAUUUGUCCAUGCAUGGGAAUCACUUGUUAGAGAGAGAGAAAGGAAUAAUAAUACAAAGAGUUUGGUUCUUUGGUCUAUAGUCAGAACUUACUUAGGAGAAAACAUAUUAAUAGCAUUUUAUGGAUUAAUCAGAACUGUUUCUUUUGCUGUUUCACCUCUAAUACUCUAUGCUUUUGUUAACUACUCAAAUAGAACUGAGCCAGAUCUUAGACAAGGUCUUUCCAUAGUUGGUGUUUUGAUUGUCACCAAAGUGUGUGAGUCUUUGUCUCAAAGACAUUGGUUUUUUAACUCAAGGAGAUCAGGGUUGAAAAUGAGAUCAGCUUUGAUGGUAACUGUUGUACCCCAAAAUUUGCCCUCCCAUAUUCUUCAAGAAAUUGCCAAGUCAAGUCACAAAAUUCCCCAAGGGUUGUGCAGUUCAACAGUCUCCUAUACAGUCAAAACUAGGGUUUGUGUUCUGAUCAGGAAGAUAAAGUUUUCAAAGGCCCAAUCAAGUCUCAUAUGCCUACAAAUAUGGUCAAGCAUCCUCAUAUCAAGUUUCAAGGCAUUCAGCUCAAAAUUGCACAGUCAAAACCCUAAAUUGCACUACAGUCAACUGUAG